AUGUUUAUUGCCGUACAGAUAACGAUGGCAGCAAUACUUCUUGUUGAUCCCGUGUUAUUGUAUACCAAGGUGACUACGGAUUAUGAUUUAUAUGGAAUCAAGGUUGCUAUGAAUGAUCGUAUAAUGGUUUCAGCCGACAACCUUUAUUUAGUUUGGUACAUACUUCCGAUUUCAGCAAAUAGCUCAUUUAUAUGUUUCACGUACUACAAUGAGACAACAUGUGACUUUGUCUAUAGUAUUGUUGUUCCAAUGGUUGAUAGUACAUUAUUUGUCUACAAUUGUAUUGAUUAUCAAGGGAACAAUCUCAUCGGCUUCUUUGCUAGUAAUACUACGUGCGAUUUUUUGUUAGUAAAUGAACAAAUUAUAUCGAACUAUUCAACACAAGACAAUUUUGUCAUUACUAUAGAUGGAAAUGGUACAGGUGUUUAUGGCUUUGCAGACGAUUUUAUAUUUUUUUAUGAAUUACAAGCACCAUUUAAAUUGACUGUAUGGCCAAAUAUUUUCAAUAUUUCACCUCGAGCGAUCGACAUUGGUUCAAGUAUGCAAUAUGGUGUUUUGGUUGGUUACUGUCAAUCGACACCAUCGACUGCAAUAGAAUGUGGUUCUAUAUUAGCCUUGAAUAACUCUUUGUCGAUUCCAGACCGUGUGAAUGAUAUUUCGAUCAGAAGUAACUUGAACUUUAACUGGUCUGAUCCACGUAUAAAUUUUCUUGUCGCACAGAGUCGAGCUUAUUCGGCAGAUACAACGAUGUCAGUGAGCAUUGCUUGGCGUACUCGACAAAUACUGAUCGGAAUUCAAUCUCUCAAUAUUGUUCUAUUGUACGCAUUCGACAAUGUAUCUCAACCGAUAAGCACUCGUCAAAAUGAAAUCGGAUUUAGUGGAUUUGGAAAGAGUGUCGCAUGGUUAGAUAAUCAAGGUCAAAAGGCGGUCAUUCUUGCCAAUAGGUAUGUGUAUUUAACGAAACAAUGGAUAUCGUCAUCCGUACAUAUCUAUGAUGUGGCAUCCGAUGGUUUCACAGAUGAGACACAACCGGUUCUUAUUUUUCCUAAUAGUGAACAAACCAUGUUCGAAGUCAUGAAUGUCGUAUUGAUUCAACUCACUUGCUCCAAAUCUGGCACUUUGGCUAUUUUUGAUAUUUUAGGAAAUACAGCUGCCUUAAUUUCGGCACCUGCAGGUAUGUAUCCAUACACUGGAGUACCGUACUUUACGUCAUCAUUUGUUCCUUGCAUAUCUGGCACUCAUCGAAAUUAUUCUGGGCUCGAGCUAUGUACACCAUGCCCUAAUGGUACAUUCUCAAACAAUUGUGAGCAAUGUGCAAGAAAUGACUCAUUCUGUCCAUAUGGAAGUGUCCAAGAUCUAUCUUAUUCAACUUUUGAAUCAAUCGAACAAAAUCAAGAAUAUCCUGAAUCGCCCGAAACUACCGUAUUCGAUGAUUUACUUAUGCAGAACAUGUUCAGUUUGAAUACAAAAUCCCUCCAUUGUAUACGUGUAUCACCAAUGACAUGGGUUCUUGUAGUUCUUACGUUGGGAAUUACAGCAGCUAUGGUAGUAGUAGUUGCCGAGGCUCGUUGUCCGCACACACAUAAUAUACAAAGUCGCUUCAAGCAAGUAUUUCAAAAAGUUGAUCUUGUCGGUGAAGGAGAGUUUUGGACCGGUGGUCUGGUCUCCAUUGGUAUCAUUGUUAUUGUUGUUUCGGCCUAUGCAUUUUCUAAUGCUUUCUUACAUCAAUAUCCAAUAGAAAGCAUCACUAGUGAGCAAUCUUUUGCAUGCGAUGUUACUCUGCGCAAUGCAAAGUUUCGUACAACAAUGCAAAAGAUGCCAGACUCUGGUCGUUCAAAGAGAGAAAACCAAGGCGUGUUCGACCUACUCAACUCGCAACCAUUUGAUCUCAAGAUUGAUCUUAUUCAAACUGCAUUCACAUGUCAGGAUUCACUGGUUCUUUACCGUCUAGUUGACUAUGCGCUUCUUCCAAUACCAGUUUCACAAUGUAAAACAAGCUAUAACGGAAGUAUUCUCUCAUUGAUUAUUCCGCUUCCAUCUCAUGACAUAAGUGCUCUACUUACAUUGCCAGGAUUACGAACAGUUGGGGCUAUUCGUGUCGGACUAUUCGGACCAUCGGCAGUCAGUAAAGAUGGCAGCACUCAUCGAAAUUAUUCUGGGCUCGAGCUAUGUACACCAUGCCCUAAUGGUACAUUCUCAAACAAUGGUGAGCAAUGUGCAAGAAAUGACUCAUUCUGUCCAUAUGGAAGUGUCCAAGAUCUAUCUUAUUCAACUUUUGAAUCAAUCGAACAAAAUCAAGAAUAUCCUGAAUCUCCCGAAACUACCGUAUUUGAUGAUUUACUCAUGCAGAACAUGUUCAGUUUGAACGCACAAUCCCCACAUUGUAUUCGCGUAUCACCAAUGACAUGGGUUCUUGUAGUUUUCAUGUUGGGAAUUAUAGUAGCUAUUACAGCAGUAGUUGCCGAGGCUUAUUGUCCACGCACACAUAAGAUACAAAGUCGAUUGAAGCAACUAUUUCAAAAAGUUGAUCUUGUCGGUGAAGGAGAGGUGAGUAAAUUUUAG